AUGUUCCUGGUUUUGGGCUCGAGUGAGACCGUCUUCUUCGUGUCGCCGAGGAUUGCCGAGGCUGCUCAGCCGUCGGUGAUCGCCGAGGCUGCUCAGCCAUUGGGGAUCGUUCAGACGAGUUGGCAGCUGGGGAUCGCUGCGGCGGGUCAGCUGCCGGAAAUCGACAAAACGGGUCAGCCACUGGGGAUCGCCGAGGCGGGUCAGCCACUGGGGAUCGUCGAGGCGGGUCAGCCACUGGGGAUCGUCGAGGCGGGUCAGCUGCCUGCGAUCGCCGCGGUGGGUCAGCAGCCGGAGAUCGAUGAGGCAGGUCAGCCGCCGGCGAUCGACGCGGCGGGUCAGCUGCCGGUGAUCGCCGCGGCGCCAAUUGUUGCAAAGCAGCAUUCGCUGCUCAAGCUGCCUUUGAGGGGACGCGGACGCGGUUUUCGCGCAGCGAACGGCAGCCAGCCUGGAUUUCUAACUCCAGGACCCAGAGACUUCACAGGCACAGGCUUCAAGGGGUCAUCCACUCUUGUACCCGGAUCACGCAGUUUUAACCCGUACGAUUGGAACGAUGAUGUAAAUACUAACUUGUACAAUGAUCUGCCUCCAUACAAAGAUUGGCGUCGGGAAUCCGCUGAACGUCUCGGAAAUAAGUUUGAUGUUUUAAGACUGCCUAAAGAUAUGGAUGUCAGGGAACUUGUCUAA